GUGUAAAAAAAAUCAGUGUAAUAUAUUGUAAAAAUAUGAUAACAAGUUAUUACUUCUUUCAGAGUAUUAAGGAUACUAAUCAGAGGAUAAUCAUCACGAACCAGCCCCUUGCCUUUUAACCCAGCCAUCAUGACUAACAACACUAGUGUUCUGACCAAAGAGCCCACAGACUGCCAUGAGGUUCAGAUUCCCAUUGAGAUCUUCCUCAUCAUUGGUGUUGUGAGCCUGAGUGAAAACCUUCUGGUUGUGGUGGCAGUGAUUCGCAAUAAAAACCUGCACUCUCCCAUGUACUGCUUCAUCUGCAGCCUGGCAGCUUUUAACACCAUCUCCAGUCUCUCCAAAACCUGGGAGAACAUCAUGCUGGUUUUUACAGACGCUGGCCAUCUGAACUCUAGGGGAACAUCUGAGCUCAAGAUAGACAAUGUGAUGGACACUCUGCUCUGCAUGUCAUUUCAAGGCUCCAUCUUUAGUUUCCUUGCAAUCGCUAUGGAUCGCUACAUUACCAUAUUCCACGCAUUACGUUACCACACACUCAUGACUAUGCGGCGCACAGCAUCCAUCCUGAUCACAAUCUGGGCCCUGUGUGGGUUCAGCGGUGCUCUCAUGAUCACAUUCUUUGAGGCUGCAGUGGUGAAGAUCUUCUUCAUUGUGCUCUUCUUCACAGCCCUGUUCCUCACCCUCCUGCUCUAUGUGCAUAUGUUCUUGUUGGCACGGUAUCAUGCAAGGAGGAUCGCAUCCAUGCCAGGAACCACUGGGCAUCACAGAAAGAGUGGCCUGAGAGCGGCACUCACACUUACCAUCCUCUUCGGUGUGUUUGUGGUCUGCUGGGCUCCCUUCUUCCUCCACCUCCUGAUUAUUAUGGUAUGUCCUGAAAACCCAUACUGUGAGUGUUAUCGGUCGCUCUUCCAGCUGCAUGUGGUGCUGCUGAUGAGUCAUGCCGUUAUCGAUCCAGCUAUUUAUGCUUUCCAGAGCGCUGAGCUACGAAACACCUUCCGGAAAAUGUUCUUCUGCUUAACGGAAGCUCAAAAUUAUGUCCGCGGCACAUGUGACUUUGGAAUAUCAUGUGCAUGACAAAGACCAUAAGUAUUCCUUAGGAAUCAGUAACAAAUGAAUAACUCAGGCAGUCACUUCACAGAACACUGGUUACAACAUUUAUUCAAAUUCUCAUGGUCACUUAUUCACAUUUUCACCUUCAUAUAUUCCUCUUUUACCAAUAGGAAAUAAUAAAAUUUUUCAUAAGAGGGAAAAU